AUGCAUAUUUCGUUCUAGGGAACAUUUCAGGAUGCGAACAGCAGCGAUGCAGACGCGAUUGGCAAUGUGGAGACGAUUCUCGAGGAGUGUGGAAGUAUCGCUGAGGCGAAGUAUUUACUGCAACGACUGCUGACGUUCAGCUUAGAGCAAGGCUUCAUCGCUGCAAAAGCAAAAUCCGAUCAUAAGGUCUACUUCUUCGCACAACCAUCCUCAUUUUUAUAUGCCUCAUUCUACGAUGAUGAUUCCUCUCAGUCAGAUGUUCUAGAACAACCAGAAGGUUUAAUCCUAUCCAUUAUCUGCUUAUAG